AGGAAGUGCGGAAUAUGCGGAUCUGAGUUUCUGUUGAUAUAAUGGGCAGAUUCCACACAGGUGAAAGACUGUCUGGAUCCUUGUAACAAAUAAUCAGACAAUGGAUUCAAGGGACUAAGAUGGCGAGUAAAUAGCGGCUGGUUUUCUUAAAUCCACCGCACCCUCAGCUGAGGACACUGAUUUUUGUUGCCUGGGUGCUGGGCUACGUCGCCUUUCUGCUUUCCAUCAGAAGGAUGUGGACCGGGAAAUACGUCCGUAGUCCGCUUGUCCGUUCACUGUUUGUGAACAUGGUGAGCGAGAGCGAGGCUGCCGCGUCUGAGACACAAGAGUGGUACCGGUGCUGUCCCGACCUGCUGGGAGAAUCAGUGCGGCCCCUGUUUGUCCAGAGCCACCUGGACUCAGGUACCAAGGCUUUCCUCAAGCGGAGUGUGGAGAAGUCCGGCUGGUUGUUCACCCAGCUCUACCAUUCUUUCGUAUCAACAGUCCUCAGCCCUGUGGUCUCACGCACCUCCAUCAAUGGGUUUCUGGGCCGAGGCUCUAUGUUCGUGUUUUCUGCGGAGCAGUUCCAGCGGCUGCUCCAGAUCGGGCCGGAGUGGAGGGCAGAGAGACUCCUGGACCUCGGAGCCGGGGAUGGAGGUGUCACAGAGGUGAUGGCAGCUCAUUUCAAAGAGAUCUAUGCAACUGAAGUCUCAUUACCAAUGACGUGGCAUCUUCAGAGGAGGAACUACAAAGUGCUGGGUAUAGACGAGUGGCAGCAGACUGGUUUCCACUAUGACGUGAUCAGCUGUCUGAACCUGCUGGAUCGUUGCAACGAUCCUCUACAUCUCCUGCGGGACAUCAAGAAGUCGCUGGUUCCCAACACAGGGAGACUCAUCCUGGCUGCUGUUCUUCCCUUCCAGCCAUACGUGGAAGUCGGAGGACAAUGGCAACGUCCCAAAGAACACCUAAAAAUAAAAGGAAAGACGUGGGAGGAGCAAGUAACCAACCUGUCCAAUGAGGUUUUCCGGAGGGUGGGGUUUGAGGUGGAGGCCGUGACCCGGUUGCCAUACCUCUGCGAGGGGGACAUGUAUAACGAUUACUAUGUUCUUGAUGAUGCAGUUUUUGUUCUUAAGGCCUCUGAAGAGUCUGCUCAGUGAAUCCCACGCUGUGGGGCUGAAGCCCUGAACUGCAAUUUUCAUCAGCUUCAUUCAGAAAACACAGUAUUUCUGACUUGUUUAGAAACAGUGAGUCAGGUGUGAAGCUCAGGUACUGUAGCUCCCACAUUUACCAGCCAUCUUGUGUGACAGUGAUACCUUUUGAGCAAAAAAUAAGUGAAUGGCAGUUUGCCUCUAUUGAAAUGCCAUUGAAGAUCACAUCUUCUAAAACAUAUCAUUAUGUUAUAGCUGUUUGUUCUAUGAAGUCUGUUGUUUGUGAGAAGUGUUUACUGUCACUGUGUCAUCAUUCUCUAAGAAUCAUAGUUGAAUCAUGUUAAAUUUGUACUUUGAUUAUUUCUGUGUCUAAAGCAAAGGACCAGUGUAAGCACACACUUGAAGAACAAAUCUGAAUCAGACUCCUUGUGUUUAAAUAUUACUUUUUUUUUACUUGCUAUUAGUGAAAACAAAGGUGAAAUGAGGCCUUCUUAAAGUGAGCCUGUGUGACUCAUGUUAAAUAACGGUUACUGUCGCCACAGGUGACAUUAAACACAGUCAGUUGACCUAUUGCUGAUAUGAAAAGUACUCAUUAGACCAGCUUUUAUGAUGAAACAGUGUAAUUGUAGCACAAGUAGAAAAAAAGCCAUAAAGUCACAAAACUGACUCAGUAAUGUCAGUUACACAGCAGCAUCUAGCUAAAGUUUGCUAGCAUUAGCUAACAUUAGCCACCUGGUCAUACCAGACUGAUUAAGGCUGUAGCAGCAAAACCACUGAGUGUACUGAAUUGACCAUGGGUGUGUUUUAUGCUUAUGAACUUUUUAUUUCUAAGAGAAAGACAGUGUUAAUUCUUUCAAAAGUUACAUGGUCUCGCUUUAAAUCAGUGUUGUGCACACCAGACUACUCAAAAUGUGCCACAAUUAAUGCACUAUUUGUAUUGAAAGACUGUCAUAUGGACUCCAGAAUAAAAACUAUCAAUUAUUUUCUGUA